UUUAUAUACUUGAAAUUACUUAGUUUCAUCUCUGUGAUUACUUUAAUCCGUUUCCUGAGGAUGACUUAAUAUAAGUCGAAACGUCAACAUUUAAGCAAACAGGUUUCUGUUUUAUUUCUGACCUCACCUAACAACCCUUCGCAAUAUAAAAACGAAGGUUUAGAUUAUUUGUAGGUUUACAAAAAAAUCACACUUCAUAGGAAAGGGUGUAUGAAUAUAGAGUGAAACCUCCUGAUACGGACACCUCCAAUAGACGGACAACUCCCUUGAGCGGAAAUUUAUUUUUGGUCCCAUUGAAAAUACACUAAAUUCCCAUAUGCUUUAACGGACACUCUCUCGGGCGGACGCGGACACCUAAAAGUGGUCCGAAGAACCGCUAAACCUUCUCUUGAGCGGACACAGAAAAAAUUUAAACACGCAAUCGGUGGUUGCAUUGGCGCCAGAGCCUGAGUUUUCCCCGAAACGACGGUACUACUUGCAUGGCACCGAUUUGUCGGGAUGUUUUUGUGUUUUGACUGUUUUGUUAAUGCAUUUGGCUUUAGUUUAUUGUCGUAUCUUCUAGCGUUAUUAGCGUAACAACCGAUAUGUCAUCGAAACGUAAAGUGCUAACUCUUAAAGAAAAAGUUGUCGUAAUUGAGAUUUUUAUUAAAGACAAACUAAGCGUACGCGACUUAGCAAAAUGGUUUGGAAUAGGAAAAAAACAGGUAGCUGAGAUUAUUAAAAAUAAGGAUGUUUUAUUAAGUAAGUUCCACUCAAAUAUAAAUGUGAAUGAAAAAAGAAGCUUCCUAAGAGAAGAGGGCAGAAAUAUUGACAGACAGUGCUAUGAGUUGUUCAUUAGAGCUCGAAGCAAAAAUAUUCCAUUAUCAGGUACAAUUGGUAAAACGAAAGCCAAAGAAAUCGCUGAUGGUUUGGGAUAUAGAACUUUCAGUGCAUCAGAAGGUUGGCUGCAAAAGUUUUGUACCCGGCACAACAUUGCUUUUAGAACUAUCAGUGGGGAGGCCGCAAGUGUGAGCUCUGUCGAUGUCACGACAUUUUGGGAGAAAGUACCAUCUAUAAUUAAGAAUUAUGCUGCCAAAAAGAUCUAUAAUGCUGAUGAGACUGGGCUAUUUUUUACUUUUUAUAUAGUGCUUUCAUUUCAAAAUGAUCCACCCUUAACAACUUUCUUAAAAAAAAAAAAAAAAAAAAAAAAAAAAAAAAAAAAACACGUAAAAUUAGAUAUACAGGAGGAUGUUUAAUUAUGCAUUAACUAAUGGCCAAAUGGUUAAAUCAAUUUGAUAAAAAAAUGAUGCGUGAAAAACGAGAAAUUUUAUUAGUUCUCGACAAUGCAUGUUGUCACCCAAAGCAUAUAAGAUUGAAAAAUAUUAAAUUGAUUUUUUUGCCUCCAAACUGCACUUCUAUUGUACAGCCUUUAGAUCAGGGUAUUAUUAAGAGUUUUAAAACAUUUUAUAGGACAAUCAUUAUUAAAAAACUUUUAUUAGCCAUAAAUACUGCUGAAUCAGCCCAAGAAUUAGCCAGAAAAAUACACGUCCUAGAUGCAAUUUACUUGCAAUUUUAUAAACAUUGCAUGGGACCAAGUGACAAAGAAAACGGUUUAAAAUUGCUUUAUUAAGUAUGGCAUUACACACUCUAAUAGUUCAG